AUGGAGGAGCCCUGGGUGCAACAGAGGAUGGUCCUGGCCAACAUCAUCCAUAUCACAGACCUCCUGGACUAUGCCAACCAGGCCAAGAGAACCCAUAGGAGGUGUCUUCCCCUCACCCACGUGAUUCUUAACCCAGACCAUAAGCGGAAGCUUGAAGGAGCACUGCGCAUGCGCCUCAAGGUGCGGCCCAGCUGGUGCCACGGAACGAGGAAGACGUUGAUACAAGAGGCUCACGAGCGGCAGUUCCCCCCGCCGCCUUUCGCCCUCUCCCUGACGGCGCUGUGUUGCAGGGGAGAGUGCCGCGAGCAGGUGGACAAGUACCCGGCCGCCCGCUUCAAGAAGUUCGCCAGGGAGGAGGAUGCCUGGGCCUUCGUGGGCAGUGCAGCACAGCCACUCUUGGCCCCCUUGCCAGGCUCGAGUAAGUCUUUACAUGUGGGAUGGGAACAUGAUAGCUCUGCAAAUUACCUAGAAAGUGCAAGUCACAGUUGCAGCACGUGCAAAAGACCAUAUGAGCCAUCUUCUGAGGAAGAGCAGAAGGCAAAGCGUGCAAAGUGCAAUGAAGCAUGCUUGGCUCCUUCUGAAAGAAAAGACUCAUCUUCUGAAAGCAAAAAUGAAUUUUCAUAUAUGGGUGACUUUGCAGUUGUUUAUACAGAUGGCUGCUGCUCAAGUAAUGGACGUAAAAAGGCAUGUGCCGGAAUAGGUGUCUACUGGGGGCCAAAUCAUCCUUUAAAUGCUAGUGAAAGGCUCUCUGGACGGCAGACUAACCAAAGAGCUGAAAUAUAUGCAGCCUGCAAAGCAAUUGAGCAAGCAAAGAGUCAAAACAUCAAGAAACUGGUUAUUUACACGGACAGCAAAUUCACUAUUAAUGGUGUGACAAGUUGGGUUGGCAACUGGAAAAAUAAUGGCUGGAGAACAAGUACAGGGAAAAGUGUAAUAAAUAAAGAGGACUUUGAAAGACUUGACAAGCUUACAGAAGACAUGGACAUAAAGUGGAUGCAUAUUCCUGGUCAUGCUGGCUUUGCAGGGAAUGAAGCAGCUGAUAGACUGGCAAAAGAAGGCGCUAGAAAACAAAACUCUGAACCUGCUAGUGACUAAAUUUGAUUUUUCUAAUGAAAGACUGUGGUCAUAAAACUGCUGAUUACUAUUUCAAUAUAACAACAGCACCUGCUGGAAUUGUUUCAAUGUUGAAAUUAUUUAAACUACAUA